AACAACAACCAAAUUUCCCCCCCUUCUCCGCAGAUGUGCGGCAAUCGCCGUUUUCAUUAGAAUUGCAGCCACCGCUGGCUGAGGCCGCGGCGGGCGAUGCCUUCAAUGCGGGCAGCGAGCGAGCCAUCGAUAGCUAUGGCAAUCCGAUCGAUGCACUGCGUCCGAUCGAUACGCCCGAUGGGCGGAAGGUGGUCAGCGCGCAGGGCCUGCAAUUCGAGAUACCCAAUUAUGCGUCGGGCAUCACUGAGAUACGAAAGCCGGCCGAUGAUCUGCUGCCACCGCAUAUUGAUCCAAUAGCCGUGGCGGUGCCCAGUACGGACAUCGAUAGCACCGACAGCACCUCAUUCGCACCAGCACCAGAUACAUCACUAACACCACCCAAGCAUGAAUCAUCAACAACAACAACCAUCGAUGCCGAUGCCGAUGUCGCUGUGGAGGUGGAGCAGGCGCAGCUGGUGCCCCUGAGCCAGCAGCAGCCGGAGGAGAGUGCUCAGGCGCCGCUGCAGACGGACGGCACGCUGCCCGACUAUCUGCUGGAGCUGCAGCAGCAGGACAAGGACAUCGCUGGACCUGUGCCCUGGACACCGGCACCGAAUGCUGCACCACUCAGUGUGAUUGCCUGGGAUCUGCUGCCGCCGCUGGAGGCACAGCGCGAGUCGGAGCCACACAUCAUCACCGAGCAGCAGCCCACCAAGCAUGUGGUGGGCGUGGAGCAGCCCGGCAGCCACAAUAUACGCGUGAGCCUGAGCAGCGGCCAGGGCCUGUCGCCCGUGGCGCCGGCACCGCUCAAGCCAGGCCAAGUGGCUGUGGUGCCCGUACCCGUGCACGACGGACCCGAGGCACAUGGCACCAAUGCACAUGUGGGCACCACCACGCCACGCAACGGCGCCAGGUUUCCCAAUCGUCAUCGCGGCACAGUUCAUUACAGCACAGCCUCGGCCACACAGCGGCCACGCAGCACCACUAGCACUACUACUACCACCACCACCACCAGCACCACCACCACUACGCCACCACCACCACCAACAACAACGACAACUAGAAGAGUGACCACAACCAGCACACGCAGCCCGCCACGCUCCACAACGCCCCUGGAUCCGUCCACCUUCUAUAAGCUGGAGAACGAGGAGGCCUACGCCUACACGCUGCCGCCCUGGCUGCAGGAGGUAACCGAUCCGGAUCUGGAUGUCGCCGUCACCUUCAUAGUGCCCACCGACAACGAUCAGUACAACCACACGGUGCCGGAGGAUCUGGAGCCACCGUUUGAGCCGUUUGUGGACUUGAGCAAUAUUCAGCUGACGCCGCCUCCUGUAAGCAGCAGCACCACCAGCACCACCAGCAGACCCAGCACAACAACGAGAACAACUACGACGACUACGAGACGUCCGUCGACCACAACAACUCAAGCACCAGCACCAAUAGCAGCGCGCACCACUCAAGCACCCAUUUUCAGAGCACAAACCACCCAAUGGUCGCAUGCCAAGAGCCAAUUGAUAACAACAACCACAACAACAUCCACAGCUCCGCCGUCCGUUGAGCCGAAUCCCUUUGACUCGUCCACGUUGCCGCCCUGGCUGCAGGGCUUUGACUAUCCCGAUGUGGGUCCCGGCGUGCCCUAUGAUCCCGAGAACUUUAAGGAUGUGCCGGAAACAAAGCCGGGAGGUAUUAAACCUAAUGACUUUCAGCCUCAUGGCUUUGCCAGUAGAUCUCAGUCAAGCGAUGCAGCAGCCACAACAACAACCACCUCAGUGCCAACAUCAACAUCAACAACAACAACAACCACUGCAACAACAAUAGCAAACACUGCUAACACUGCUUUCCCAUCAAAAGUCACGCUUACGCUUCCAGCCCGCAGCAGCAGCAGCGAUGGCCAUGAGUUGACCAGAACUGUGAAGCCGCCGCUGGUGCUGAUGCCGCCCGUCGCUAGCAGCGACGACUCAUCAUCCACAUUGAGCAGUCCUGCGGCGACUGGCCACACACAAGAUCCCACUACAAACUCCUUAACGCAUUUUGCAGAACGCUUCGAUGCGCCACCUGUUGGCCAGACAACGGAAACGAAAACCGCCGCCGAGCAGCAGUUCCCACCGUUCAAUGCGGUCAGUGCGGGCAGUGCGGGCGACAUCCCGAAGGUGGAGUACACCAAGAGCGACGGCGGCAAGGUCAUAAGCACGCCCAUCCACGUACAGCGUCCGGAGCCAGCAGUGGUUAGCACCACAUCGGCGCCAGCUGCCAAUACGGGCAAGUAUACGGGCGGAUUUGGUGCGCCGGCGGGUCUGCUGCGUCCACUGAGCGGCACCAAGCCCGACAUCUAUGUGGCCGGCAACAAUCACGAGUACAGCACACGCGUCAAGGCCAACCGAGUGCGUCCGGGCGCUGGAGCCGCUGCCACGGAAGCAGCCACUGCCGGCAAUGGGGGCCGCUACACCGGCGGCUUUGGUGCGCCCAGCGGCGUGCUCAGUCCUCAGAAUGUGCCCAGACCCUUCCAGCAGUCGCAGCAGUCGCAGCAGUCCAGCUCACAGGCAUCCCAAUUGGCUGGCGCCGCUUCGAGCCAUCAUCAGAGCCGCUUCGGCGGUCCGCCUGGCAUCCUGGUGCCCUUCGACAAUGUGCCGCGCACCGGUGCCAAGUAGGCGGCCAGGGGGCGUGGUGCAUGUUGUAUUGCAACUGCUGCAAGUACUUUAAAUUAUUUAUAAAGCAUGUAUCUAUGUUGAAGAUCUUGAAUUGAGAGCUCGAUCUAUACGUAAAGAAAACAACAAAUCU